AUGGAGUUUGUACGCCGGCAUCGAUCGUCUUUUAUGUGUUUCGUCGUACUUCCUUAUGUAAUCCUUAUUUAUUCAUUUAUUUUUGGUCCUGACCGAAGAUAUCCAGUGUAUCUACGUAAACCAGCCGAUACUGGUCGAGUCUUAAUCAUUUAUGUAUGGGCCGAUACAGAUGUCCAAUCUCUUGGUAAUUUGAAGUUUUUAAUUCGUUAUGGCGUUCAUGCUGCUCAGAAUGCUGAUUACUAUUUCAUCUUACAGAAAUUUAACAAUACACCUCUUGAUCGAAAUCGUUUACCACGCCUUCCCGUCAAUGCACACUACAUCGAACAUGAUAAUGAAUGUUUUGACUUUGGAACAUUUGGCUGGUUUCUAGGAAAUAAAUUUAUCAAAACAAGUCUAUAUAAAUACUUUAUCUUUAUGAACGCGUCCAUACGUGGGCCCUUUCUAGUGGCUUAUUUCGAUCAUGAAUCAAUGUGGUGGUACAAUAUCUAUACAAAACUCCUUACCGAUGAAGUCAAACUAGCCGGUUCGACGAUUAAUUGCGAACACAAACCACAUGUUCAAAGUUAUCUCCUAGUCACAGAUCAGAUUGGCCUAGCGAUAUUAACCGACAAGAAGACAGGCGUAUUUAAUUGUAAGAAAGACUAUAGUGAUGCAGUCUUCAGCGGUGAAAUAGGUGCAAGUCAAUCAAUUCUUCAUGCGAAUUAUCAAAUAGCAUCAUUACAAACGAAAUAUCAAGGUGUUGAUUUUCGGAAAAAGGAAAAUUGGCAGUGUAAUCAUCAGAUAAGCCCGAUAUUUGUCGACAGAUCUGUGGAUUCAAUAAGUCACGAUCCAUUUGAAUUAGUAUUUGUUAAAUAUAAAGGUCAGCCAGCUAACUUUGAUACAGACCUUGAACGUCGCGCAAUGAUAUAUGAAAAAUGGGCAGCAGAGCAACCAGCGAAAAAACCGAAACCCCAUUCUACCGUUGUUUAG